AUGACCAAGCCCGAAGCAAAAGACCUUUCCCACCAUUUGUCUUUAGAGGCGAAAUCUCGGAAGGCUUCUCCAUUAAAGACUGCUUUCAAAUACUUUGGACAGCCAGGAAUGACAUUCUUGGGUGGAGGAUUACCCUUGUCUGACUACUUCCCAUUUAAUAAAGUCACUGCAGAUAUUCCAACUCCUUCGUUUCCAAAUGGGAUAGGUGCAAAGAUCACAGAUAGUGAUAAGACGGUCAUUGAAGUGUUCAAGAACAAAGCUUUGAAUAAACCUAAUGAGAUUGAACUUUCAAGGUCAUUACAAUAUGGCUACACAGAAGGACAGCCAGAGCUUCUCAAAUUUGUGAAAGAGCACACCGAAGAGGUUCACAAAAUACCUUACUCUGAUUGGGAUAUACUUUUGUCUGUCGGAAACACUGAGGCAUGGGAUGCAACAUUAAGAACUUUUACUACGAGAGGUGAUACAAUUCUUGUUGAAGAAUAUUCCUUCAGUUCUGCUUUGGAGACCGCUUCAGCAUUGGGAGCUCAUACCUUCCCCAUCGCAAUGGAUGAUGAUGGUAUUAUCCCGGAGAAGCUCGCAGAGGUUUUGGCAAACUGGGUUGGGCCGAUGCCAAAGCUUUUAUAUACUAUCCCAACAGGCCAAAACCCAACUGGAUGCUCGAUUAGUGCCAAAAGAAGAAAGGCAAUCUAUGACUUGGCUGUCAAAUAUGAUUUCUUGAUCAUUGAAGAUGAACCUUACUACUUUUUGCAAAUGGAAACUUACACUACUGACAAAUCCGCAAGAGAAUCCAAGCAAAUUCACAGUCACGAUAAAUUCAUUGAAGCGUUGGUAGAUUCGUAUCUUUCUUUGGAUACCGAAGGUAGAGUUAUCAGAUUAGAUUCUUUCUCCAAGGUUCUAGCACCAGGACUUAGAGUAGGGUGGAUUGUCGGACAGGCUCAACUCAUAGAAAGAUACUUAAAAUUACACGAAGUCAGUAUUCAAUGUCCAGCGGGCCUUGCUCAAUCUUUAGUCAAUAGCUUGCUUCAAAGCUGGGGCCACAAAGGAUACUUGGAUUGGUUGAUCGGCUUGAGAGCUGAAUACACUCACAAAAGAGAUGUUGCUAUUGAUGCGGUUAUAGAGCACUGCCCCAAGGAUGUUGUCACAUUUGUUCCUCCCGUCGCAGGUAUGUUUUUCACAGUUUCAAUUGAUGCCUCAAAGCAUCCGAAAUUCAAAUCGGAUUUCAAUGAGGAUCCAUUGAAAGUGGAGAAUAGUCUUUUUGAAAAAUCUGUUGAACAUGGUACCUUAAUGAUUCCGGGGUCUUGGUUCAAAGUUGAAGCUUCUUCUUCUGAACCUCAAGAUCAUGUUCCUGAAAAUCCAGAGAAGAAAAAUGAAAUCUUUUUCAGAGGCACUUACGCCGCUGUACCACUAGACGAAUUGGCCAUUGGUAUCAAGAAAUUUGGAGAAGCUAUAAGAGCGGAGUUUGGUCUUUAA